CCAAUAAUCUUGUCGAUUCAUAUCGUUUAAAAGCAAUUUGGUGAAUUAGAAACUUUUAAACCUAUCAUUGAUCUGGAUAAUUGUUAUGAUACCUGAAAUCAAUAAUCGAUCUCAAAAAGUGCAAGCAAUAUUUUCCUUGCAUCAUUAAAACCUAUCCUAAGCCCUCACAACAAAAUAUCUAAAUGCGCCGAAAACGUUACUGCCCUUGGAAUAACGUACGAUUCUCUCCAAGUUCACAUUAAACAACCUGACGCCAUGGCUUACCGCUGCAUCCAGUGCCUCACUGAGGCCCCCUCUCUUUACAAGAUGGCUGCAGACCAGUACAUCAAACUCACUGAAUGCGUUAAGUGUGGCGGUGUGGUGGAUCGCUAUGUGGAGUGUGAGGCCAGCGUGGUGAUGGUAGACAUGUUGCUGCUCGACGACUCAGCCUACCGACACGCGCUGCAUAACUCUGACUUCGCUACCAGUGCCGGAGGCCUGCUGAAAGCCCUGGCCUGCGUGGCGCUGAGCGGUGGAUACUACAACUGGGCAACCGUAUGCCCACAAUCACAGCCUGCGCGCUGCGACUCAUACAGACAGGAGACCGUCUUCUACCUCAUGUGUCUCCUCGCUGCCUCACAGUUGUUGAUACACAUUCUGUUCAUCUACUUCUACUGUCGCUGUCGCAACGCCAUGAGCUUGAAGGAUUGCAGUAGGUGUGCAGUGAUCGGGCAGUUUAGCACAGCACUGCACGUGCCAGCGACAGUGUGGCAGUUGUCGCAGUGGCCGCUAUACUGCGCCCUCGCUGCUCUCUACACUGCACUCACUGCUACACUCGCGCUCUCGGGGCUGACCGGGCGCGGCAGAGCUGAGGCGGGCGCCGUGGUCGCCGCGUCUGCCCUCACCAGCGCCCUCGUGUCCAGCGCCGUGCUCGCCCUCGUCUGCUCGUGACGCCCUUCAUACCGAGGGCGUCUCCC